UCCAUGAGAAUCUCCAUACAAUACGUAGGCAAUAUCAAAUAACCCAAUCAAUAUACGAGUGAUAGUUUCGUCACCAACUCGUGGGGCAGCCAUCUUAAAUCUGGGUGAUCUUUUCGGAGGUCCCGAGGACAACUUUGGCAGUAGACUAGCCACCUUUGCUCCAGACCACGUCAGUGUUAACACGCGGAGCAAGAGUAACAACAGCAGGACCUCCAAGACCGAACGCAAGAUGCGUUUGAGACAACUCCUCCUUCCGAUCCUCUUGUGUCUGAGCGCAGCAAGCGCACACGACCCCAGAUGUUGUGCACAAAUAGAUGAAUGUGAAACAAACGAAGCGAAUGAUGAAUGCGUUUGCGGAUCACUGAAAAGCAGCCUUAGCUGCCGAUUGUUCGUCGUUAAGUCCGGAGUUCAAAGAGCCACACGAGCAAUCGUCGACACUUUGAGGUCUAGACUGGACUUGAACCAGAUCGUUCGGGCAAAACCUGUGGCGUUUUACUCUCACAGCAUCCACAAGAGGCAAGCCUCCUUCUCAGCUCAGGCGUCGUGUUGCGAUGGGAGUAACAUUAUAGCCACAACUCUUGGUUGCGUUAUUGUUGCCGGUGAGUGCAAAUGUCCUGCAUCAGCUCAGGCGAGCCUUCCUGAAUGCUCCGCCGCAGCACCUACAACAGCACCACCAACAGCAGCACCUACAACAGCAGCACCAACGGCAGCACCUACAACGGCAGCACCUACAACAGCAGCACCAACAGUGCCACCUACAACAGCGCCACCUACAACAGCACCAACAGCAGCACCUACAACAGCAGCACCCACAACAACAGCACCUACAACAGCAGCACCUACAACAGCAGCACCUACAACAGCAGCACCCACAACAGCAGCACCUACAACAGCAGCACCUACAACAGCAGCACCAACAGCAGCACCACCAGCAGCUACAACAACAGCUUCAAGUCGCAAAGGUUCCACAUUUAUCGGAAAGACAUCGUGCUGUGAUCCAUCCCAAAAUUUCAGAGAUUACGCAACGGGCAUGGCCUACUGUUCUUUGGAAGGUGGAGACUGUGUGUGCCAGAACGUCCCUGAAGCAAGCGAGUGUCUUCAGCCUCCGAUACCAGACGGCUACGUAAGCUCGCUCUCAAGCUGUUGUGACCCAACGCCCCCUACUCUGGACCAGCUUAUCGCCAAACUCCAAGGCCAGUGUAUCAUUCAAGCUUUCACCAAGCGCUGCGUGUGCCGUAGCUUUGUACAGUCAACGUGCGGCCUGCCCGCCACAACAGGUGCCCCUACGACUCCGGGUAGCACGACACCCACAACUACAACUACACCUGCGACCACCACACCUGAGCCCACCACAACGCCUGUCCCCACAUUCUACCAAACUGUGCCGGCGUGCUGUGACCCGACCAAUACACCUGACUAUUUCAUCGCGAGGACUCUGGGAUGUGUGCUUAAUGAUGUGCCUGACGACGGAAAGACUUGCGAUUGUCCAGACCCGGCAGAUUUAGCUUUGCAAGGAAAAACUGUACUUACUACCUGCCCCAAAGUUGUCGAAACAACUACCACUACUACAACUCCUGUGCCAACGACUACAACUACUACAACUCCU